AUGAAUAAUCGGACGACAGAGAAUUCUACAAGUAAUGCAAAUACUGUCAAUUCUGAAAAAUUAAAUGAAUUAUUAGCUGCUUCUCAAGAUGGAAACGUUCAACUUAUAAACAUAUUAUUAAAUAGCACUAAUGAAGUAAAUUUCGUCGACCAGGAUGGAAUGGAUGCAUUAAUGUUAGCGUCUGAAAAUGGGCAUGAAAAUGCUGUAGAACUUUUAAUUAAGAAAGGAAUUAAAGUAAAUAAUGUUAAUAACCAUCGACGUACAGCUUUAAUGCUCACCUCAAGAAAAGGAUAUAAAGGAAUUGUAAAACUUUUGCUAGCAAGAGGAGCUGAUGUGAAUGUUGUUGACAAUAAUGGUUGGAAUGCUUUAAUGUUUUCAUCUGAAAUAGGGGAUGACAAGAUUGUUGAAUUGAUAAUAAACAGCGGGUAUAAUAUAAAUGCAGUUGACAAUGAUGGAAGGAAUUCAUUAAUAAUCGCUGCAAAAAACGGGCACGAUAUAAUAGUUGAAAUUUUAAUAAAUUGCGGGUUUAACAUAAAUGCUGUUGACAAAAAUGGAUGGUGUGCAUUAAUGUUCGCAAUUCAAAAUCAGCAUAAAAAUGUUGUAAAACUGCUAAUUGCUAGCGGAUGUAUUUUCAAUGCAGUUAACAAUGAUGGGGAAAAUGCAUUAGAUAUUGCGCGUCGAAACAAGGAUGAAGAAACUUUAAAACUAAUUUUUGAUCACAAAAGUAAUAUUUACUCCCUUAUCCAAGAGUUUAAGGUUUAUUUCAACAUAAAAGAAAAGAUCUCUUUAUUCAGUGACUGUACUCCAUUAAUGCUGGCAUCUCAGCGCGGAGACACACAAGCAGUUGAGCUGUUAGUUUUAAGUGGAAGUGAUAUAAACGCUGUUAAUAGACAUGGCGAAAGUGCUCUGAUGCUCGCUUGUGAAUGGGGACACGAAACAACUAUAAAAAUAUUGAUUACAGCUGGAUGUGAUGUUAAUGCUGUUGACAACAAUGGAAAUAAUGCAUUAAUGUUUGCGACAAGGCAAGGGAAUUACAAAGUUGUUGAAGCUUUGAUCAACAACGGGUGUGAUGUUAAUGCUAAUAACAAAACAAGAUUGAAUGCAUUAAUGUUUGCAGUAAAUCACAAUUAUGUCAAAGUUGUAGAACUAUUAAUCAAUAGUCGAUGUAAUACUAAUAUAAUUAACAUUAAAGGUAAAAAUGCAUUGGAUAGUGCCGAUCUAAAAGAGAACAAAAAUACUAUAACACUAAUUUUGGAUUACAUGUGUAACACAAAUUCUCUCCCUAUUAACGUACGCACAAAUUUAAUAGCAGCCUUCUGUGAGCAUGAAAAUGUUCUUGCAAUGUCACUUAAAAACGGAGUAGACAUUAAUGAAUAUGAUGUGUUUAAACGAGGUAAUGCAUUGAUGUUAGCCUCUAAGAACGGACACACAAAAGUUGUUGAUCUGUUAAUUGAAAAUGGAGUUGAUGUAAAUGCAGUUUAUAAAAAGGAUAAAGUCAAUGCUCUAAUGCUUGCCUCAAUGGUAGGACAUAAUACUGUUGUUAAGAUACUGAUAGCAGAUGGAGCUGAUGUAAAUGCUGUUAAUAAUAAUAGUAAUAAUGCUCUUAUACUAGCAUCACAAGGAGGACAUGAUACCGUUGUUAGGACAUUGAUUAAAGUUGGUGCUGAUGUAAAUGCUGUUAAUAAAAAUGGUGACAAUGCUCUUACACAAGCAUCAUAUAAAGGACACGAUACUGUUGUUAAGACAUUGAUUCAGGUAGGAGCUGAUGUAAAUGUUGUUAAUCAAAAUGGUGACAAUGCUCUAAUGCUGGCCUCAGAGACAGGACAUGAGGAGACUGUAAAGCUAUUGAUUGCAGCAGGUGGUGAUGUUAAUACUGUCAACCAAUAUGGUUUGAAUGCUUUAAUUUUUGCUGCUGAAAAUGGGUAUGACAAUGUUGUACAACUGUUAAUUAAACAUGGAAGUAAUUUGGCUACUGUGGACAAAGAUGGAAACAGUCCAUUAAUUCUAGCCUCUAAAAAUGGACAUACAACUGUUGUACAAUUGUUAAUAAAGAGUGGCUGCCAUGUAAAUGCUGCUAAUGAGACUGGAACCAAUGCUCUAAUGCUGGCCUCAGGUAGUGGACAUGAGGAGACGGUAAAGCUAUUGUUUACAGCAGGUGGUGAUGUUAAUGCUGUCGACAUUUAUGGAAGGAAUGCAUUAAUGUUUGCAUCUAAAGAAGGACAUUCAAAAGUCGUGUUGUUUUUCAUUGAAAAUAGAGGGGACGUAAAUGCAGUAGACAACAACGGACAUAAUCCAAUGAUGGUUGCAUCGUAUUUUGGGCAUAAAGAUUUAAUAGAAUUGUUUAUUAAAAAGGGAUGUGACGUAAAUUAUGUGGAUAAAAAUGGAUGUAAUGCGUUAAUGUUUGCCUCUCAGAAUGGUCACAUCGAUGUUGUUCAGCAUUUAAUACACAUUGGUUGUGAUGUAAAUGCUGCUAAUAAGAAGAAAACCAAUGCUCUAAUAUUGGCCUCAGGUAGAGGACAUGUGCAGACGGUAAAGUUAUUGCUUUCAGAAGGUGGUGAUGUUAAUGCUGUCAACAAGCAAGGUUACAAUGCUCUUACACUAGCAUCAUGUGAAGGACAUGAUACUGUUGUUAAGACAUUAAUUGCUGGUGGAGCUGAUGUAAAUGCUUUUGAUAAAAAUGGUUACAAUGCUCUAACAGCAGCAUCACGGGAAGGACAUGAUACUGUUGUUGAGACAUUAAUUGAGGUUGGAGCUAAUGUAAAUGCUGUUAUUAAAAAUGGUUAUAAUGCUCUUACACUAGCAUCAUCUAAAGGACAUGAUACUGUUGUUAAGACAUUAAUUGCUGGGGGAGCUGAUGUAAAUGCUUUUGAUAAAAAUGGUUACAAUGCUCUUACAGCAGCAUCACGGGAAGGACAUGAUACUGUUGUUGAGACAUUAAUUGAGGUUGGAGCUAAUGUAAAUGCUGUUAUUAAAAAUGGUUAUAAUGCUCUUACACUAGCAUCAUAUGAAGGACAUGAUACUGUUGUUAAGACAUUAAUUGCUGGUGGAGCUGAUGUAAAUGCUGCUAAUAAGAAUAAAACCAAUGCUCUAAUAUUGGCCUUAGGUAGAGGACAUGAGGAGACGGUAAAGUUAUUGCUUUCAGAAGGUGGUGAUGUUAAUGCUGUCAACAAGCUAGGUUACAAUGCUCUUACACUAGCAUUAUGUAAAGGACAUGAUACUGUUGUUAAGACAUUAAUUGAGGUUGGAGCUGAUGUAAAUGCUGUUAUUAAAAAUGGUUAUAAUGCUCUUACACUAGCAUCAUAUGAAGGACAUGAUACUGUUGUUAAGACAUUAAUUGCUGGUGGAGCUGAUGUAAAUGCUUUUGAUAAAAAUGGUUACAAUGCUCUUACAGCAGCAUCACGGGAAGGACAUGAUACUGUUGUUAAGACAUUAAUUGCUGGUGGAGCUGAUGUAAAUGCUGCUAAUAAGAAUGGAAACGAUGCUCUAAUGCUGGCCUCAGGUAGUGGACAUGAGGAGACGGUAAAGUUAUUGCUUACAGCAGAUGGUGAUGUUAAUGCUGUCAACAAGAAUGGUUACAAUGCACUUACACUAGCAUCAUGUGAAGGACAUGAUACUGUUGUUGAGACAUUAAUUGCUGGUGGAGCUGAUGUAAAUGCUUUUGAUAAAAAUGGUUACAAUGCUUCAACAGUAGCAUCACAAGUAGGACAUGAUACUGUUGUUAAGACAUUAAUUGCUGGUGGAGCUGAUGUAAAUGCUUUUGAUAAAAAUGGUUACAAUGCUCUUACACUAGCAUCAUAUGAAGGACAUGAUACUGUUGUUAAGACAUUAAUUGCUGGUGGAGCUGAUGUAAAUGCUGCUAAUAAGAAUGGAACCAAUGCUUUAAUGCUGGCUUCUGGUAGAGGACAUGAGGAGACGGUAAAGUUAUUGAUUACAGCAGGUGGUGAUGUUAAUGCUGUCGACAAGCAAGGUUACAAUUCACUUACACUAGCAUCAUAUGAAGGACAUGAUACUGUUGUUAAGACAUUAAUUGCUGGUGGAGCUGAUGUAAAUGCUUUUGAUAAAAAUGGUUACAAUGCUCUUACAGCAGCAUCACGGGAAGGACAUGAUACUGUUGUUAAGACAUUAAUUGCUGGUGGAGCUGAUGUAAAUGCUGCUAAUAAGAAUGGAAACGAUGCUCUAAUGCUGGCCUCAGGUAGUGGACAUGAGGAGACGGUAAAGUUAUUGCUUACAGCAGAUGGUGAUGUUAAUGCUGUCAACAAGAAUGGUUACAAUGCACUUACACUAGCAUCAUGUGAAGGACAUGAUACUGUUGUUGAGACAUUAAUUGCUGGUGGAGCUGAUGUAAAUGCUUUUGAUAAAAAUGGUUACAAUGCUUCAACAGUAGCAUCACAAGUAGGACAUGAUACUGUUGUUAAGACAUUAAUUGCUGGUGGAGCUGAUGUAAAUGCUUUUGAUAAAAAUGGUUACAAUGCUCUUACACUAGCAUCAUAUGAAGGACAUGAUACUGUUGUUAAGACAUUAAUUGCUGGUGGAGCUGAUGUAAAUGCUGCUAAUAAGAAUGGAACCAAUGCUUUAAUGCUGGCUUCUGGUAGAGGACAUGAGGAGACGGUAAAGUUAUUGAUUACAGCAGGUGGUGAUGUUAAUGCUGUCGACAAGCAAGGUUACAAUUCACUUACACUAGCAUCAACAGCAUCACCUGAAGAAGAUGAUACUGUUGUUAAGACAUUAAUUGCUGGUGGAGCUAAUGUAAAUGCUGCUAAUAAGAAAGGAACCAAUGCUCUAAUGCUGGCCUUAGUGCAGUGGCGGAACUAG